AGGAGCUGUGUGUGACCUGAGAAGGUCUCCGGCCUUGUGCGAGAGCUGCACGGUGAGCGUGGCUGUACAUUUUUCCAGGCUGUUCCACAGAAAAGCACAGCUCAGCCGCGAUGUUUAAGUGCAAGACAGUAUGGAAUAAACUGGCUCCGCUGGCCCGGGCCUCGUCUACGUUGUGUCUGCAGAAUGCGAGGAAAUCAGUCCUGAGACAUGGCAGAAGGCUGGAGAUGGUUCAGAGGGCCCAGAUGUCAUCCAGGCCACCAGGAGGUGGUGGGGAAAAUGCUGUGUAUUUUGUCCUGGUUGGAGCAGCAUGUCUGGGGGGAGGCAUUUAUGCAUACCGCACUGUCUCACAGGACAGUGAAAGGUAUAAUGAGCGUAUGAGACAAAUUGCCAGUAGACAAAGUCAAGAGUCGAAGCCGGCUAAAGCUGUAGCUGAAGUUGCAGAAUCAAAGGAAGAACCUGCUGCUGAAGAACCAACUCUGAUAGAACCUGCUGUUGAAGAAUCUCCAGUAACAGAAGAUAUUUUGGAGUCCACUGAACCUGUAACAGAACCUAUUGUAGAACCGCCUGUUCCAGAACCCGCAGUGGAAAUUCUAUUAAUAGAACCCGUUGUUGAAGCCCCUGUUCCGGAAUCCUUUAUUGAAUCCCCAAUAAUGGAACCCGUUGUUGAAGCCUCUGUUCUGGAACCCAUCAUUGAAGCUACAGCAACGGAAACUGUUGCAGAAGCUCUGGAAGUUAUACAGAGUGAAGAGCCAAUAGCUCCUGUGGUUGAGAGUGAGCCAGUACCUGUAGUCAUCGCCGAGCAUGUUCCAGAGGCUUCAUCUGUUUCUGAGAGUGCUGCAGCUCCUGAGACAAGUCCUGCUGCUGCUCCUGCUGCGGAGCCGAUUGAUCUCACUGCUCCUCACCUGGAUGUCCUUGAACACGCUCCAUACCUGCUGAUUGGUGGAGGCACGGCUUCUUUUGCUGCUGCUCGCUCCAUUCGGGCACGUGACCCUGGUGCCAGGGUGUUGAUUAUCACAGAGGAGUCAGACUUGCCCUACAUGAGACCUCCUCUCUCUAAAGAGCUCUGGUUCUCUGAUGAUCCCAAAGUCACAGAAACACUGCGCUUCAAACAGUGGAACGGCAAAGAGAGGAGUAUUUACUUCCAGCCUCCCUCAUUCUACGUCAGUCCUGCAGAUCUUGCUAAGGUGGAGAACGGUGGUGUGGCUGUGCUCACCGACCGUAAGGUGGUGCACAUGGAUGUCAGAGGAAAUAAAGUCAAGCUGAGUGAUGGUUCAGAGAUCUCCUAUGAGAAGUGCCUCAUUGCCACAGGUGGGGUGCCGAGGAACCUGCAGGUGAUUGACAGAGCAGGAGAGGAGGUCAUUAAGAGGACAACCCUAUUUAGGAAAAUUGAAGAUUUUAGAUCUCUAGAGAAGAUCUCCAGAGAGGUUAAGUCCAUUACCAUCAUCGGUGGAGGUUUUCUCGGUAGCGAGCUUGCAUGUGCCUUGGGUCGCAGAUCUGCUGAUCCUGGCUUAGAGGUGAUGCAGCUCUUCCCAGAGAAGGGUAACAUGGGAAAAGUGCUGCCUGAAUACUUGAGUAACUGGACCACUGAGAAAGUCCGGACAGAGGGUGUAAAUGUAAUCACGGAUGCUGUAGUGAAAAAUGUGACUUACAAAAAUGACAAAUUGGAGAUCAAACUAAAGGAUGGACGAGUGGUGAAAACAGACCACAUAGUGGCAGCAGUUGGUUUGGAGCCCAGUGUGGAGCUUGCCAAAUCAGCCGGGCUGGAAGUGGACUCUGAUUUUGGAGGCUAUCGGGUUAAUGCUGAGCUCCAGGCUCGCUCCAACAUCUGGGUGGCAGGAGAUGCUGCAUGUUUUUAUGACAUUAAGCUGGGCCGCCGGCGUGUGGAGCAUCAUGAUCACGCAGUGGUCAGUGGCAGACUGGCUGGUGAAAACAUGACCGGAGCCAACAAACCCUACUGGCAUCAGUCUAUGUUCUGGAGUGAUCUUGGACCAGAUGUAGGAUAUGAAGCCAUUGGUAUAGUGGACAGCAGUCUGCCCACUGUUGGAGUGUUUGCAAAAGCCACAGCCAAGGACACACCAAAAGCAGCUACUGAACAAUCAGGAACCGGAAUCCGCUCAGAGAGUGAGACAGAGGCAGUUGCUGGAGUGUUGGAGGUGGGAACAGUGACCCCCGCACCUCCUGUCCAGCAGAAGGAGGAUUAUGGGAAGGGAAUAAUAUUUUAUCUGAGGGACAAGGUGGUGGUUGGUAUCGUUUUGUGGAAUGUCUUCAACAGAAUGCCCAUUGCAAGGAAGAUAAUCAAAGAUGGAGAGGAACAUGCAGAUCUAAAUGAGGUGGCCAAGCUUUUUAACAUUCACGAAGACUGAACAGUCUUUCGUUUUCUUUGUUCUCUUUCCACUGUCAGUUUGGAGUGAACUUGGGGAAACACACACAUGCACACAAAACAAACAUGAAGGCUUACAGCAGCCUGUCAUCUGACCUUGAAGCCUAAGAUCAGGACAUGCAGUGCUGCCUAUGGGCUGCAAGUUGGCGCUGUGAUUUCAUUGCGGCCAUGAAUUGGUUUAAACUAUCUUUCAAUUUUCUACUGAGGGAACUUCUCCUGUUGUUUGUAUUGAAAAAGUUGUGCUGUGUUUCUUUUUCUGUUGAGGUCAGUAAAUGUUCAUCUCUUCUUGAAUGCAUCCCUUUAUAAACAUUUCCUCCAAAGCCUAAAAUCCAUACAGGAGAUCCACUUUCAAUGAUUAUUGCAUUAAUGUUUCAUAUCCAAUCAAACAAAACCAGAUGAAAGACAUUCCUCUGACACCUGGUGGGUUUCUGCCUGCACGAAGCAAAGCAGCUGGUACAAAUGAAAACUGAAUAAAAAUAAAUUAUUUUAAUUAGUA